AUGACAGACAGCAUUGAUUGGUUACAGAGCCAGAGUGGACUCUGUAAAGUUGAUCGUUAUACACCCAGUGAUGAAGGAGAACAGAGUUGGACAACUGAUUCAGCUAAGCUUUUCCAACAAACUUCCUCUGAUCCACUAAAAGUGUUGACUUGGCUUCGAAAAGAUCUGGAAAAUUGUGAAAUUGGAGUACAAAAUGUGCUGAAUGCCAGUAAUAACGCAGGUGGUGCAAGAUCAAGGGAGACAUCUGUGGAGAGGCCAAACAUGCAGAAGCGAAAUACACAUUCCCCAGGUGAAUACAGUAUCUGUGAUGAAGAAUUCAGUGUCAAUGUCAGCUCCAACAGGGGCUCUCCUAACUUCCACUUGACAAUGAAGGGGACUUGUCAAAAGGGAACUAAGGAUGAAGAAAGUGACAGGUCUACAUCACCAAACACAAACCCUGAUCCAGAUGAGGUCUCUUUUUAUUGUAAUAGACUUUCUAACCUUGCCAUAGCAAUGGCACGUAAAGAAAUGAAUGACCGGUCAGAUGGCAACCCCGCAUGCAUACAUAAGUCCAUUUUUGCUUCUGGAGACCAUGGACACAGGGAUAUCGGAGUGGGUACAGAUGACAUCAAGCACAGUCCACCUAAGACGAGCGAGUAUAAAUAUGAAGGAAGCCCUAAUUCUAAGAAGAAAGCCGCAUUUUAUUACAAAGAGGAAGAAACCGACGUUCCUAACAAAAGUGACCCUUCCAGUGAUGGGGCUAAAGCUUGCAACCACCGGAAACGUUUUGGUCCAGAUGAAUAUACUAAUUCAUUAAGCAAAGGAAUAUUGGUUUAUGCUAACAGCGUGGUAUCAGAUAUGAUGGUUUCCGUUAUGAAAACGAUGAAAGUGAAAGUCAAUGACUCAAACAUAGCUUGUGCUGUGUUGAAAAAGGUACUGCUAAAGCAUUCCAAGGAGGUUGUGUCUGACCUGAUUGACUCCUGUAUGAAAAACUUGCAUGAUGUUACUGGAACGCUCAUGACUGACUCUGACUUUGUUUCAGCGGUGAAGCGGAGCCUUUUCACCCAAGGGAGCCAAAAGGCUUCCGAAAUUGUUCAAGCCAUGCUUAAUCGGUUACACAAUGCUUUGAUUGUACAAAAACAGGUGAACGAGAAAGCCAAAUCCCAGCGCAUGGCCUUCGCAACAGUUAAGACAGGUACAGGAACUGAUGGAAAAACUCAGAACAUGAGAUUUUCUGCCGCAAAAUCAGAAACACUUAAGGAAAAGGAAACAACUUGUGCAGAAACAGUUGGCAAUCAUAUCAUAAAGGAAGGCCUCUCCAUGUGGCACCAGAAACAACAGAAUGAAAAUGCAGGGUCAAAUUUCCAGCCAAAGGCAAAUUGGAAUGUAGAAAAUCAAGACCUUGCAACAGAUUCCUGGGCAAGAGACCUGAUUGUGACAGCAUUGAUGCUGAUACAGUAUCAUCUGCAUCAGCAAGAGAAUGCAAUAAAGGAAGCCGGUGAUAGUGGUAGAUUAAGCAAGACUGGAAACACUUUUGGGUUUAUGUCUCAAGACAAAAGUGGUAAUGCCCCUCCGUUUAAGCAUUAUGACUCAAUGAAAAAGAGUGAUGACGAACAAUCUGAAGCAAAUCCUGACAAUGAUAUGUCAAGUGUUGUAGUAAUGCUCAUUCAGAAACUCAUCAGUGAGACAGUCAACAAAUUAGGAGGAAAUGCUGGAACUCUGAUGGCAGAUGAAGCAUAUAGGGGUGCUUAUAAAUCCCCCGAGGUGUCUGGGCCUUCGGGCACUUCCGAAGUAGACCAUUCUUAUGACGAUGCCAUAUCUGGACUGACCAAAAUGAUUCUUGAUCAAUUUGAUGUCAACAAGACGGAAGGAGGCAGUGGGCCAUUCUUUGACAACCUGGUGGAUACAGUGACCAAGCUGUGUCUUAUGAUAGCCAAAUAUAGCAAUCCGGAAUCAGGUCUUGGAGAUAUAGUAGAUGCUGAAGAUGCCAGUGGACCUAUGUAUUCCAAAGAUAUAGAAAGUGGUGGAGAAAGUCGAAUAGGAUCAGGUGAAGACACUUUGUCCCGCCGCAAAGUGGUUGUAACCAACCAAAAUGCUCCUGACAACAUUCAUAAUAAACAACUUCAAGCCGUCCUUCAGUGGGUGGCAGCCUCUCAGUUAAAUGUCCCUGUGUUGUACUUCAUGGACGAUGAUGAAGAGACCCUGAAUAAGCUCCAACAACUCUCCAUGGUGGCGGUGGAAAGGGGCUACAGCGUAGGAGAAGUGAUGCAGGCGGUUCUGAAGUAUGAGAAGGAGCGGCAGCUGGGAGAGGCAUUGGGCAACUUUGUUCGGAUGCCCGUACUGGACUGGCUGCUCCAGAACCUGUGAACAAAGCAAGGCUUUUCUUCCUUCGCUGCAUAGCCUUGCCAGCCUAAAUUGUCACAGCACUCAUCUGUCAAAUAUGAUAUCUUGAGUUUUACUGACCCUACCCCGCUGCUGAGCAGUCAUAUGAAUAAAAGAAGGAAAUACUUAAA